UCUUGUCUUCACAAAGCCAGGCCAUCAGGCCCACUCUGGGCUUUUCCAGAAGGGUCUGAAGCCAGUCUUGUAAAGGGCUGGAGUGGACAUGGACGACUAGAACCCUGGGCUUUGCAGGGUGCUGGGAGCUGGAAGUCUCCAUCAUGGCCUGUCAGGAGAAGCCCCUGGGGGCUCGUCUACCAUGCUGACCAGUGGUUGGAGAUUGUGCCUGCUGAGGUCAAGAAAUGUAGCUGCUAAUUGCUGGACAACUUAAAAACCUCACAAGCUUCAAGUCUCCAAGGACUCUCCAAAUCCCAGAAUCUCCCUGUCAUCACAUCCUAGAAUUUAAAACCUGAGACCAUCAACUUCAAGAAAACUUGGGGAUUUCAAAACCUGGCACCAAAGAAAGCAGGACCUACACUCGUCAGCUCUGUGAUCUUGGGCAAGUUGCUUGACUACUUAUGCCUCCAUUUCCUUCAUCUGUAUAACAGCAAUACAAUAAUGAUGAGAUGGAGCUCAAGGGGCCAUGGUGAGGUUUGAACGAGAUCGCUUGUGAGAUGUGUUCAGCGCUGUAUCUGACACACGGAAAAUUCAAGAUAAACAUCAGCUACUGAGAUGAUGGUGGAUAUUUAGAAUCCUAAAUCCUUGGAAACUAGGGCUUUUCGAAUUAAAAGAUCCCAAAGGCUGAGCGCCUCAGAAGCAUCAGGCCAUGAUGUUCCUGAAACUAGAGGGUCAGGAUCCCAGUGGGCCUCUGGGCUUCUUCGUGAGGAUGGACGCAUUAAUACUGGGGACCUUCCCAGUGGGGCAGUGGCUGGGUCAGGGCACUCAAGCCCUAAAGCGUGAUGAGGCAAGACUUUCCUCUCUUUCCUCAUUCAGUAACUGUCAGUGGAUUCUGGGAGCCAGUGAUUCUCCGACUCUUUGAUUCCGUGAAUUGUAGGGGAUGACGCCUGCUCUCAGACAAGGACUCGAUGCCCAACCCCAGGCCAGUCAAGCCCUCAGCCCCUUCCUUGGCCCUUGGCCCAUCCCCAGGAGCCUCGCCCAGCUGGAGGGCUGCACCCAAAGCCUCAGACCUGCUGGGGGCCCGGGGCCCAGGGGGAGCCCUCCAGGGCCGAGAUCUUCGAGGUGGGGCCCAUGCCUCCUCCUCCUCCUUGAACCCCAUGCCACCAUCGCAGCUGCAGCUGCCCACACUGCCCCUAGUCAUGGUGGCACCCUCCGGGGCACGGCUGGGCCCCUUGCCCCACUUACAGGCACUCCUCCAGGACAGGCCACAUUUCAUGCACCAGCUCUCCACAGUGGAUGCCCACGCCCGGACCCCUGUGCUGCAGGUGCACCCCCUGGAGAGCCCAGCCAUGAUCAGCCUCCCGCCGCCCACCACCACCACUGGGGUCUUCUCCCUCAAGGCCCGGCCUGGCCUCCCACCUGGGAUCAAUGUGGCCAGCGUGGAGUGGCUGUCCAGGGAGCCGACACUGCUCUGCACCUUCCCAAAUCCCGGCGCACCCAGGAAGGACAGGUCAGUGGACGGGGCUGGGAAGGAUCCUCAACCUUCUAUCCCCUCCCCUGACACCCUUUGUUCCCCCAGCACCCUUUCGGCCACAUCCCAGAGCUCCUACCCACUGCUGGCAAAUGGUAUCUGCAAGUGGCCUGGAUGUGAGAAGGUCUUUGAAGAGCCAGAGGACUUCCUCAAGCACUGCCAGGAGGACCAUCUUCUGGAUGAAAAGGGCAGGGCGCAAUGUCUCCUCCAGAGAGAGAUGGUACAGUCUCUGGAGCAACAGCUGGUGCUGGAGAAGGAGAAGCUGAGUGCUAUGCAGGCCCACCUGGCCGGGAAAAUGGCAGUGCCCAAGGCUCCAUCUGUGGCGUCAUCUGACAAGGCCUCCUGCUGCAUUGUAGCUGCUGGCAGCCAAGGCGGCAUGGUCCCAGCCUGGUCUGGCUCCCGGGAGGCUCCCGACAGCCUGUUUGCUGUGCGGAGGCACCUGUGGGGCAGCCAUGGAAACAGCACAUUCCCAGAGUUCCUCCACAACAUGGACUACUUCAAGUUCCACAACAUGCGGCCCCCUUUCACCUACGCCACGCUCAUCCGCUGGGCCAUCCUGGAGGCUCCAGAGAAGCAGCGGACACUCAAUGAGAUCUACCACUGGUUCACACGCAUGUUCGCCUUCUUCAGAAACCAUCCUGCCACCUGGAAGAACGCCAUUCGCCACAACCUGAGCUUGCACAAGUGCUUCGUGCGAGUGGAGAGCGAGAAGGGGGCUGUGUGGACCGUGGAUGAGCUGGAGUUCCGCAAGAAACGGAGCCAGAGGCCCAGCAGGUGUUCUAACCCUACACCUGGCCCCUGACCUCAGGAUCAAGGAAAGGAGGAUGGACAAACAGGGGCCAAACUGGUGGGAGGCAGAGGUGGUGGGGACAGGGAUGACAGGCCCUGGAUGUGCCCACAGGGACCAAGAGAAGUGAGGUUUCCACCAUCUUGCCUGCAAGGGCCCCUGUUCCCCCAUUGGCAGCCACCCCUCCCCCAUCAUAUCCUUUGCCCCAAGGCUGGUCGGGGGGCCCCAGUCUCAGCCCCAGUCCCCACCUCUACCCCAGAUACCCCCCCCAGUCGAGCCCUACAGCCAAACAGCCUGCCUCAGCUGCUCGCACAGAUGACUUCAGGGCUGGAAAAGUCACACAGACACACAAAAUAUCACAAUCCUGUCCCUCACUCAACACAAAUCCCAAAACACAGAGAGUCUGCCUCAGUACACUCGAACAACCUCAAAGCUGCGUCAUCACACAAUCACACACAAGCAUGGCCCUGACAACCCACAUACCCCAAGGCACACACCCACAGCCAGCCUCAGGUCCCACAGGGGCACUGUCACACGAGGGUGUGCCCAGAGGCCUACACAGAAGCAGCCUCAGCACCCUCAGGAUCUCAGGUCCCACAAAGCCACACAGACACAUAAUUGCUCAUACAAGGUCUCAUGCAGCUCCCAACACAUGCUCGGUCACACACAUGGCCUGUUAGAACUCACCUGCAUAUCUCACACAUGUGCACACACACAGCCCCCCAGUGGGUCUGUUGAGUCCCAUGUAGACACACAUAGCCACAC